AAUGAAGAACUCAUUUCUUUGAUUGCUAUGCCAGCUGCGAAAGAGCUGGACGAUGUCGAGGAGACCAACUUAUUUCGCAUUGAUGUCGAAUCUCUGGCCUGUCUUGUUAUCGAACUCUUUACUAGCCGUUACCUUUCGUUCUCAAAAAUGUGCGGCGGAAUCUUGCAGCCAUCUGGUAUUCCCAUUGUCGAGUUAAAAGACCCUCAGGACAAAGCUCGUUUAAGAAGCAAUUUUAUUCGGGAGCAUCAGAAUAGAGUACAACAUGCCAGAAAAUUAGCUCGAGACUAUUGGUCACUUAUUCCAGGGUACUUUAUCUUAUUUUAA